GAGCGUACACAUAGCAGUGCGACAAGUAUAAGUGCGAAGGCGUUCGCUCAUUGCCAACGGUCAACCUAGUCGUUGCUACGGAGCUAUGGGAGCACCAAAAUAGAUUCUAUAAAAUUAUUUCUUCAAAACUAACUUCUUCGAACGUCGUCCAACCAAUCAUCCAAUAUAGUUUUUCGCUUUUGUGUGUGUGGAAUCUACCAAGAGAGUGUCUAAGCUAAGCCAAAACACACAAACUCUUCCUGGAAAAACAAUGGAUUACACGAAGGCUCUGAGCCUGCCACAGCCGGCUGGCUUUCAGUAUCUACGCGAUGGGCGCAACAUUAGUCUGGCCGAUAGUGUUCCUGCAGACAUUUACCACAUGGUCGAUCCCUACUGGUAUAAAUGGCAACCGAUGGAGCAGAUUUGGUUCCAGAUCAUUGGCUUUAUCAUCACCGUUCUGGGUGUAAUGUCGCUGUCGGGCAAUUUCAUUGUCAUGUAUAUAUUCACCUCGACACGUUCACUACGUACACCAUCAAAUAUUUUUGUGGUUAAUUUAGCCUUUUCCGAUUUUAUGAUGAUGUUCACUAUGUUUCCACCAGUGGUGUUGAAUGGUUUCUACGGUACUUGGAUUAUGGGACCAUUCCUUUGCGAAUUAUACGGUUUGGCCGGUUCGCUUUUUGGUUGUGUGUCCAUUUGGUCAAUGACGUUGAUUGCAUAUGAUCGCUACUGCGUGAUCGUGAAGGGUCUGUCUCGCAAACCACUCACCACGACCGUGGCUGUUGUACGCUUAAUUUUUGUAUGGUGCAUUUGCGGCACCUGGGCCAUACUGCCGAUGGUCGGCUGGAAUCGUUAUGUACCUGAGGGUAAUAUGACCGCAUGCGGUACAGACUACUUUGCUAAAGACUGGUUUAAUCGUUCGUACAUCAUUGUGUACUCAUUAUGGGUAUAUGCUACGCCAUUGACGACCAUUAUCUUUUCAUAUUACCACAUCAUGAAAGCUGUCUGGGCUCACGAGAAAGCUAUGCGUGAUCAAGCUAAAAAAAUGAAUGUCGCCUCAUUGCGUAAUAGCGAAGCAGAUAAAGGCAAAUCGAUUGAAAUUAAAUUGGCUAAAGUGGCAUUGGUGACAAUAUCGCUGUGGUUCCUCGCCUGGACCCCAUAUACGAUAAUCAACUAUGCGGGUAUUUUCGGUUCGAUGAAUCUUUCACCGCUGAGCACAAUUUGUGGUUCGGUAUUUGCGAAAGCAAAUUCAGUAUGCAAUCCAAUAGUCUAUGGUCUCAGUCACCCUAAAUAUCGACAAGUAUUGCGCGAGAAAAUCCCUUGUCUCGCCUGCGGCAAAGACGACAUGGCCUCCGAAGUACGCACGCAAGCGACGGCGGAAAUCAGCGAGUCGGCGGCAUAAGAAUGUGGCCCAGAUAUGGAACCGAAAGUACAAUAAUCAUAAAAACAACAACUCUGAUGCUUGGCUAUACGUGCUCCUACGGUGGGUCAAUAUUUAAUUAAACAACUUGAAUGACGAUACUUAAGGGGCGUAUUAUAAAACGUCAAUCUGCAACGAGACAUAAGAAA